AUCAAGUGAAAGAAAAAGAGCGCCAUCUCUGUCGUCUGCAAACAUUCCCGUCAUCACAUUCCGGACGAGUCUAAUUUGAUCAGUUGUUAAUCUGGCUUCUGUCACUGCCUAGAAAAAAUAAUUAUAACUGAAGGGGAACUACUAGUAGCGAGCCAACAGUGAUGCAUAUCUCCGGAACAGCGUGAUUCACUUUUCCUUCGUAUUCUUCUUCAGCUUUGAAAAAUCUGGUCUUUCAGAGAAUAGUCUUCAAAAAUUUGUCUGCCCCAUUGCACAUGCCUCAAGUGCACUAUUAUCUUUGUCGGUUUUGGGAUUGCCCGUGUCUGUCGUAAUUUUGCGAGCUUUUACCAAAGUCCCAUUGUCGUGCAUCAAGUUGUUUUUCCUUUGCAUUUCUUGUGUGUUUAUAAUUCCAGAAAUCAAAAUGCAGUCCUUUUCUUUUCUUGACAAUAGACGAGAUUUGCUAGGCUGCAUCCCAUAGGAUGAACAUGUCUGUGAGAAAUCGUAACAAGUUUACCCCAGAGAAGAAUACGACAAUGUCUAUUAAAGAGAAGACGACUAGCAUUUCAAGAGCCUUCCUAGUCAUACGGAUACUCUUCUUCACAACUGUGAUUGCACUGACUGUUCUUAUUGCAACAGUUAUGGUCAACAACACAACAGGCUGGAUUUCUCCCCAUCACAGCACGAACCUUUUGGACAAGCUUUCUUUAAGCCUUGGCCUUCAGGAGCAUGUUUACACGGUUGUUAUUGAUGCUGGUAGUACAGGCUCAAGAGUGUUGGCUUUUACCUUUCAUCGGUCAUUAUCAGACCGAAGUGUUAAACUCGACCAAGAGUUCUAUUCACAUAUCAAACCCGGCCUGUCUUCCUUUGCCGACGACCCCAAAAAAGGAGCAGAUUCCAUCAAACAGCUUUUAGACAAGGCCAAAAAAGUUGUACCCCCUCACCUUUGGCACCAAACGCCCCUAGUCCUGAAGGCAACAGCCGGCUUGAGACUUUUACCUACUGAAAAAGCAAAUCUUAUUCUUGAAGAGGUACGUCGAGUAUUUGAAGAAUCUGGAUUCAUGGUGACACCGCGGUCGGUGAGCAUCAUGGACGGCAUUGACGAGGGUCUCUUUUCUUGGUUUACCAUCAAUUUCCUCCUCGAUCGUCUGCACCAUCCUGAACAAACCGUGGCAGCAUUAGACUUGGGUGGAGGUUCAACGCAAAUUACUUUCGUUCCCAAAGAAAAAAGUACAAUGGAGGGAGCCCCUCAAGGAUUUAUCCACCAAGUAGCCACCCUUCAGCAAAAGAUUGAUGUUUACUCAUUUAGUUACCUUGGGUUAGGAUUGAUGGCAGCGCGAAAACAAAUUCUGUCGGCUGGCCAAGAGGAAGGAGAACUUGAAUUGCGUUCACCUUGCAUUAACCCUAUGGUAAAGAAAGGUUGGACUUAUAGUGGCGUGAAUUACAUUGUGAAAGGAACUCACGAUGUUGACGUCGAGAAAAUUCCUCUGUCCGAGUGGCAAAAGAAAGGCGGUGUACCUAAAGCUGAUUUUAACGAGUGCCUCAGACUCAGUCGUAGUCUUCUAGAAACUUCUGUUCAUAAACCUGCCGAGCUCAAUGACCGCGAAGUGUUGGCCAUUUCGUAUUAUUACGACAGAGCCAGCGACCAUGGUUUGAUAGACUCAUCUGAGGGUGGAACAUUGACCAUAAAAGAAUUAUUUAAAAUGGCAGAACAAAUUUGUGCCGUCCCGAAUCCGGACCAAGCUUUUGCCUGCUUGGAUAUGACCUAUAUUUCUGCCUUGCUUCAUCAUGGGUUCGGUUUAGCUACCAAUACCAAGUUGCAGUUGAGGAAGAAGAUUGACGGCUACGAGACCAGUUGGGCUUUGGGCGCCGCUUUCCAUGUUCUUCAUAAUGGAAUUUAAAGUGCCAGUGAUAGUGCCGUAUCACAUUAUGAUGAAUAAGCUUUUCGUUUUGUACGAGGAAUCUUUACUUUCGGUUUCUCUCAUUGUGUUGUUGAACUUGAAUGUGCCUUCCUCUCUCUCUAUUGUUGGUCAACUUAAUUUUUCUUCCUUUCUUCCAUUGGUUGCUCCUUUGCUAUAGUGUCUGCCCUUUUUAUUUUAACAUUCCUCAAUGGCGCUUGAUGUUUGCAGCCCAAGUGCAAUGCUAUAAGAGUCGAUCUUCCCAAAACACCAAGUUCCGUUUGUUCCCAUUUUAAUUCCUCGCAUAGUCGGAGAUCAAGUAGUGUUGGCUUUUCCUUACAUUUGCGUGGUUGGUUACAGCUGCUUUUAAUCAACUGUAAAUAUAUAAUAGUUUGAAGGUCAUG